CCCCUCCCUCAACCCAAACUUUAUGCCCUGAGUCUUACAAUUUGCAUUUUUGCCCUUGACAAAAGUAAGAUUUCAAGUGAGCCUGUAAGAGGAUAUUUGCAACAGUGAACACAAGUGACUGUUCUGAGCAGCCAGGAGCCUGGGGGAGAGAGAGAGGAAGGAACAGAAAGAAUCUGCAAUGAAUGAAUGAAUGAGAGUUUAUAAGAACUUCCCUGUGAAUGUGUAUAUGUAGGAAACUAGGGUCAGAGAUGCUCCAUCUCAGCCUGAGAGCCUGCACCCCUGGGUCUCUGAGCCCAGAAGAUUCCAGGAAAGUCUAUACCUGAGGUUCCAGAAGCCUCACCCCAGUCCCCUAGCUGGAUCCUAGGGACCAGUUUCCAGGGGAGACUGGGGAGGGCGGAGAGCCCUCUGUGAGUCCUCCCUGGCCUGGGGCCCCAGACUGGGUGGAGCAGCCACACCUGCCUGAAGUUCUGAGGAAAAGGGCGGAAACAGCUGCCAGCACCGCCCUCAUCAUGGGCUCAAUGAAUCCCUGCGGUUGGCUGGAGGCAGUGGGUCCCACACUGCCUCACUUCCCUAAAUGGGCAGCUUCACUUUUAGAACCCCAGGUCCUUCCCUGGCAGGCCCAGGUGGCACAUCCUGUGUCGGGUGGGCCGUCACCUUGGAUCUCCAGGCCUGACACUGACCAGCUGGAUGGAACCAUGGCCCCAGCCUUCCUGCUGCUGCUGCUGCUGCUGCUGCUGUGGCCACAGGGUUGUGUCUCAGGCCCCUCUGCUGACAGCGUAUACACAAAAGUGAGGCUCCUCGAAGGGGAGACUCUGUCUGUGCAGUGUUCCUAUAAGGGCUACAAAAGCCGCAUGGAUGGCAAGGUUUGGUGCAAAGUCAGGAAGAAGAAGUGUGAGCUUGGCUUUGCCCGAGUCUGGGUGAAAGGGCCCCGCUACUUGCUGCAGGACGAUGCCCAGGCCAAGGUGGUCAACAUCACCAUGGUGGCCCUCAGGCUCCAGGACUCAGGCCGAUACUGGUGCAUGCGCAACACCUCUGGGACCCUGUACCCCUUGAUGGGCAUUCAGCUGGAUGUGUCUCCAGCUCCCAAAACUGAGAGGAACACUCCUUUCACACAUCUGGCCAACAUCCUCAAGAGUGGAACUGUCACAACUGGCCAAGCCCCUACCUCAGGCCCUGAUGCCCCUUUUACCACUGGUGUGACGAUGUUCACCCCGGGACUCCUCACCUUGCCUAGACUCUUGGCCUCCACCAGACCUGCCUCCAAGAGAGGCUGCAGCUUCACUGCCACCAGCACUACCAGCCAGGGACCCAGGAGGACCACGGGGUCCCAGACAGUGACUACAUCUCCCAGCAAUGCCAGGGACUCCUCUGCUGGCCCAGAAUCCAUCUCCACUAAGUCUGGGCACUUCAGCACCAGAUCGCCCACCACAGGGCUCUGCCUCACCAGCAGAUCUCUGCUCAACAGACUACCCUCCAUACCCUCCAUCAGGCACCAGGAAGUUUACUCCACUGUGCUUGUGGUGGUGCUGACCCUCCUGGUGCUGACCCUCCUGGUGCUGAUGCUGAUCAUAGUCUAUGGGUUUUGGAAGAAGAGAUACAUGGCAAGCUACAGCAUGUGCAGUGAUCCUUCUAGAGGUGACCCACCUAGAAGACCAGAGCCGCAUGUGGAAGUCUGCUUGAUCUGAGGCCACUUAUGCAUUGGGAGGGGAGCUUCUCCCAGAGUGGCCCCAGGGGGCUAGAGGAGGGGUAAAGAUUGGGGCCAGUCUGGAUCAGAUGAAGCUGGAGGACUUGUGCAGUGCUGGACUCACCCAGGACUUCCCAAAACCAGAGGCUGCCAUCCUGAGCAGCCCCACAGCCCAGUGUUCUCCUGGGCGGCAGGAACCUGGGGAGGGGCCCAGAGCAAAAGGCAUCAGUCAGAAAGUCUCGAGGAAAUGUGUCCAGUGGUUUCUGCUCGGAGCUGCAGACCCCAGGGCUCUUGGUGGAGGCAGCGGAACCCUGAGAGUGCUGUUUACAGAGAACCUCAGCUCCCAUCUGCCUCAGAAACCCUAUCAGGCUGAGCUGUCCUCCCCACCAGGGCCACUGUGUCCUCUGCUUCCCUCUGCUCUGCUUCAGCCUCCUCUAAGUUUGGGGAAGAAAGAGUUGGGCUCAUGAUUCCCAGAGGUGGUGAUGUCCCAUCCUGGAGGAGAGGAAACAGUGACUAAAAGCUGGGGACCCACAGAGGAGUUGGCAGCUUCCCUUGUCAGGCCAGGUGUCCUUUGCUGGGCCUCUGGAUGGCCCUGCCCUGACUGGGGCUGCUCCUCCCUCCUGUCCUGGUACCCCGCAGAGCCCACGCUCUCACUGCUGCCACCUGCUGGCCGCUGCCUCCUUAGAAAGCUAUGACCAGGCAACUAAGAGCUUCCGGGCUGCAGGGUCAGCCUCUCCCAAGACUGAAGUGCAGAGGCUGGACUUGGGGCUCUCUCCCCCAGCUUCUACACCUAGGUUCCAAGUCUGAGUUCCCACAGGGGACCCAGCAGCCUCCAGCAAGUCCAUACCCUGGGGUGGCUGAGACUUUGGCUCUGUAUGGAGGGUGCUCACCCCACAGACACUGGUAGAGAGACCAUGGCUCAGAGGAAGGGUGGAGCACCCCCACUCCCCCACUCCUACUCCUCAGGGUAGAGAGAGAAGACACACUUGGGACACAGUGAAGACAGCAACUUGGAACUGACCACGGCCUGGAGGACCAGCCCAGGCAGGGGGACAGGGAAAAUGGAACCCAAGUAGCCUCUGGCCAGGGACCCAGUGGCCCGAGGACUCUGCCUCCCACCCACUGACUCAGGGCUCGGACUCAGCCUUUAUUGUCCAGACCACUGGCUUGGGGUCCAGCAGUGAAGGCUGGAGAAUGCAGCCUGGAUUCCCCUACACACACACACACACACACACACACACACACACACACACGGGUGUCUACUGACCUGGAGUGACUGGAAUAGCACCUGGGGAUAAAUGUGACAACUGUGCAUUCAAUCCUGGGUCAGGGACAUUCUAAUGGCCAGGAGAGUGAUACAGCCAGGACCUUGAUGGACAGCCAGAGGGGCUACUUCAGGGUGGAUGUGGGGAGAGUGGAAGAGGCAGGAAGUAAUCCUGGGAGACAGCAGGGAGGAGGCACUUCUUCCCUAUGUCCAGGAGAGGGCAAUAGAGGGAAGACUGAGGCUGAAGAACUGAUGGCUCUGGUCCCAGAACAGACAGACAGACAGACAGACACACACACACACACACACACACACACCCAUCUCUGUAGGAAGCAACCUCCUAUGAUAGCUGUUCUCCCUGUCAUGAUGGUAUAGCCACCAUCCUGUUGUGUGCUAGGAGGGAGCUUAACCUACCUGGAGGAAAAUAGCUCCCCAAGAGCUCGCACCAGCACCACUGAUAAACCUGCUUCCUCUGAGAGUGAGAUGCCCAGGGGGAGGAGCCCUAGGGAAUAGGUCAGGGACAGGGACCAGGAUGCCACUCUGUCACUGUGUGACCCUCAGCAUGUCACUAACCCUUGGCCUCAUUUUUCCUCUCUUGUGAAAGAGGACAAUAAUUCCUACUUCUCAAGAUUGUUUUCAAGAUAAAAUAAUAUUAGCAUUGUACAAUGAUGCAAAUGCCUCAUUACUAUUGUUUCUUAAGUUGUUUUCCAGCUCUAAUGUUGUUUCCCACAUUACUUUUAAGAUCUUAGGAUUCUAUUUCUUAGUUUUGUCCUAUCUGUUCCCAACUGUCAUCACUAUAUGGAUGUUGGGGUCCCCCUGAUGACAGCCCCUUUGGAAAGGUCCUCUUUUGAGGAGGGGAGGGUACAGGGUGGACUCAUCUCAGUGUGAACUUGGCAAGUCACUAUCCCUCUCUGAUCCUGUUUCCUCAUCUGGAAAAGGAAUGAGAGAGGAGAAAGGAAGAAACCAGUCAGGCAGGCAGUUAGGGUGGGUUCUCGGUUGAAUUCUUUUAAACAAAAGAACAGCCUGAAAAAUCAAGCUGCAGGCAAAAAUACAGGAAUUAGUACAGCGGGCUUGCCUAAGACAUGCCCACAGCCUCACAGAUAAGACAGACUACACAAGUGACUUGCCCAAACAUGCCUGCAGUGAAAAAUUUCGUCCCCUGACAUGUGCAAUAAGGGUAACAAAGCAAUAUGGAGUAACUCAAGCUAAGGGCCCACAUGCACAUUAGAAGGACAGGGUGAAGCUACCAUUUGCCUUAUGCAAAUGAGUCACCCAGUCCUCAUCAGUUUGUUAUAAAAACCUUUGCAUUCAACUGUAAAAAUGGCAACCCUCUUUCAGGCCCCCUCUCUACAGCAGAGAGCUUUCUUCUCUCACUCAUUAAACUUUCACUCCAACCUCA